CACCAAAGCCUAUGGAGAGUGAAAAGUGUUUAACUCUAAAAUACACAACCCUCCCCAUGGGAGUCUCGUGGUGUCCACGCGAAGGGUAUAUCUCCACUCGCCACGCCGGUUUCUCAUCGCCACAACAACUCACGGCCACUGACGACCGGCGAAAUACCUCGCUCCAACAUGGCGGACGCUACUCCCUCAGCUGCAUAUCAUCUCUUGCACAACCGACGCUUAUUAUUCACGGCUGUCCUUCUCUCCACCGGCUGCUUCACAUUCGGCUACGAUGCGAGUGUCAUCGGAGGCGCGCUGGCGAUGCCGCCUUUCGUCAAGCAAUUCGGCACCCUGACCCCCAAGGGCUACGUUCUGACGGCGAGAACGACGUCCAUCAUCGUUGCGACGCCCACAUCCGGAGCGCUGGUUGGCGCUGCCAUCAAUUCUUUCUGCGCCGACCGCUUUGGCAGGAGGAAGACUAUGUGGCUGGGUUGUGCCAUCAGCCUUCUCGGUGCCAUCCUGCAGACGUCGUCUUUUAGUGUGGCUACGAUCACUGUUGGUCGUAUCUUUACAUCCAUCUCCGUCUUUGUCUUGGUCGGCAUGGCCAUUACGUUCCAAAACGAGCUCUCCCCGCCCUCUCUCAAAGGCCUGCUCGGCGGCGUGUCCGUCGUCUCCAUCCAGUCGGCGGCCGUGAUUGCAUCCGGGAUCAACUGGGGCACCCACUCCAUCCCUACCAGCCUCGCCUGGCGCCUGCCCAUUGGACUGCAGAACGUCUUCCCCAUCAUCAUCGCCACCUGCACCUUCUUCGUCAUGGAAUCGCCCACCGCCCUCCUCAUCAAGGGCGACGAUGUCCGCGCCGAGGAAAGUUUAAGGAGAGUGAGGCAAGGCUAUAGCGAAGAAGAGAUUGCCGACGAGAUGGCGCGUCUCAAGAUGCAAAAGUCGCUGCGUGCCGCUGAGAAGGAAAUCUCCUGGCUCGAUCUCUUCCGCGGCACGAACCUGAGACGCACCAUCCUCGCCACCUACGCCGGCAUGAUGAUCUCCCUCUCCGGCCUCAUCUACGCCACCAACUACGCCACCGUCUUCCUCGAGCAAGUCGGCGAGACGUCGCCCUACAUGCUCGUCUUCAUCCUCAACAUCCUCACCUUCGCCGGCGCCAUCACGGGCGGCGCGCUCGUGGACGUCAUCGGCCGCCGUCGCCUAGCGCUCUCGUCGUACACCAUGAUCCUCAUCAUCGACUGCACGAUCGGCGGCCUAGGCUUCGCGAAGCUCACCAGUCCCUCCGUCGCCAAAGCCAUCGCCGCUUUCAACCUGAUGUUUGGCUUCUUCGUGGCCGUGGGGUUCAACGUGCUCACAUACAUCAACACGGCCGAGAUGCCCACCGCACGCCUGCGCAACAAGACGAAUGCAUUCGCCUUGCUGUGCAACUCCCUCACCUCGCUGACCGUCACCUACGUCUUCCCCUACAUUUCCGAGCCUACUGGUGCCGACCUCGGCGCCAAAACGUACCUCAUCUUCGCCGGCUUCAUGGUGGUCAAUCUGAUCUUCACCUUCUUCUGCUACCCCGAAGUCAAAGGCCGGUCGCCGGCCGAGUUGGACGCCAUGUUCGAAGCACGCCUGCCGGCUAGGAAGUUCAAAGAUCAUGUUCCUCUGUUGUUGCCAGGCAAGGAUGAGGGGGAUUACGAUGGGGAUGCUGUUGCGGAGAAAGACCAAACCGUCAAGGCGUUUGAGUGAGGGUUCCAAGCCUGCGUGCAGCUUGUAAUGAAGAAGGGCGCAGAUAGCGAUC